AUGCCAUUCAUAUCUAGUCAAUACAUACAUCGACGAUCAAAUUAUAUAAUAAAAUAUUUCAAGGUAAUAGUUUUUCUUAUUUUACUUUUUACUGUUUAUUUACGAUGGUCAUUAUUAUCAUCAAAUAAUGAGACAAAAUUAAUCGAACAUGUAAAUGACAAUAUAUAUUUACCAAGAGCAAAUGUUCAAUCAAUAAAACAUGGUCGAUUAGAUUUAGCAAAGUAUAUUCAUCUUGAUUUAAAAGGUGCACCACCAAAAGCAGAAAAUUUUUAUGAAUUAUUUUUUAAUUUUCUUGAAAAAUUACAAAUGGGUAUUAAAGGUGUUGUAAUUGAAUAUGAAGAUACACUUCCAUUAGAAGGUAACCUUGCUAAUAAUCUGCAAAAAAAACAUCAACUUGAAAUUAUUCCACUUAUUCAAACAUUUGGUCAUUUAGAAUGGAUACUUAAAUUACGUGAAUAUGAAUCAUAUCGUGAUGAUCCAGAUCUUCCAAUGGUUAUUUCACCAUGUUUUAAUUUAACUUAUGUUUUAUUCGAAGAUCUUUUACAACAAACAUUGAAUAUGCAUCCAAAUAGUAAUAUAAUUCAUAUUGGUUGUGAUGAAGUUACGUUAAAAAAUCUUCAUCCUCAUUGUCAAGCAAAACAAAUGAGUGUUUCUGAAACAUAUAUUGAACAUAUACGACGUAUUGUUGAUAUUGUGCGUAAAAUUCGACCUGGAAUUCGAAUACUUAUUUGGGAUGAUAUUCUUCGAGGUAGUUCAUUUAUUCAUAAUGAAAAAUUGCUUCGACAACUUGAAGGUCUUAUUGAACCUGUAUCAUGGAAUUAUUAUACAACAUUUGAUGAUAAUUAUAAAUCUUUAUCUGGUUGGAAUAUUUAUCCGAAAUUUUUUAAAAAUAUUUGGGCUGCAAGUGCAUUUAAAGGUGGUCUUCAUCGUUUUUCAAUGAUAACAAAUUCAACACAUCAUGUAUUAAACAAUCGCGAAUGGCUUCAUUUUAUAGAAUCAUCAACUUUUCAACAUAAUCCAAUUUCAGCAAUUAUACUUACUGGUUGGUCACGAUUUGAUCACUUCAUGCCAAUAUGUGAUAUAUUACCUACAUCUUAUGCAUCACUUCUAUAUAGUUUACAUGUAUUAAAUACAGAUGAAUAUCUUGUUGAUGAUUCUAAUCGUGAUUGUGAUAUCUUAUUAAAAUCAAUUAAUAAAGAAUCAACAUUAUGUGAUACAUUACCAGGUCGUUCAAUUUGGUCAAGUAUAUUCUCUUUAAAAUUUCAUUUAUUAAAAAUUCAAAAUCGUUUGAAACUUUUAAAUACUAUUGCACCGGAAUAUAAUCGAAAAUAUUUAUUUGUACGUCGUUAUGAUCUUAAAUCACGUUUGUCUGAAUUACAAUUUUUAUUAAAAAAAUUAUUACAAAAUAAACAAAAAUUAAAUCAACAUUUCAGUAAUCUGUAUUCAAAAGAUGUUAUUGAUGAAUGGAUUGAUCUUUAUUUAACGCCAGUGGAAAAUCAAAUCAAUAGAACAUUCAUUGAAUAUGCACCUGUAUAUCAUAAAACAAUUUGGGAACGACGACCACUUACCUAA